AUGAACGACGUGUCAAUAACUAGCACCGUCUCAACGCCCACGGAAAUGGACGACCACCUCGUCAAAGUCGUGUUUGUGGGCAGUGCGGGCGUCGGCAAAACCUGCUUGAUACGGAGGCUCUUCACUGACAAGUUUAGUCAGGAGACGCAGCCCACGAUAGGCUGCGACUUCCAAUUCAAGCGCUACAAGUUCGACAAUAAGAGUGUGGGAGUGACGCUGUGGGACACUGCGGGAGCGGAGCGCUUCCAAGCAGUCACCGCCAACUACUACCGGGGCGCACAGGGCAUUGUGUUUGUGUACGACGUGACGCGACGUGACACUUUGGACUCGCUGGGUCAGCACUGGCUGCCCGAGGUCAGCCGCCACUGCACCUUCCCCGAGGCCAUCAAGAUGGUGGUGGGCAACAAAAUAGACAUGGUGGACGCGCGGGUGGUUGCCCCUGAAGAAGGGGCCGCAUUUGCCCGUGAACACGGUUGCUUGUAUCAGGAGACGUCGGCCCGAACGGAUGAGGGCGUGUACGACGCUCUGGUUUGGGGGUUAAUAGUCAACAUUGUGGAUACGCCCUCACUGCUCCGAAGUUACAACCACGAGCGGUUGAGCAUUGAGAAACCGCGGACAGGAGCUGAGGGCCUGGUCGACGGCGACCGCGACAGAAACGACCCGUGGGACAGCGGUCGGCGCGGAGGGUGCUGCGGGUAG